UCAAAUCGAAGAUAUCAUACUGUAAAUAAUAAUAAUGUAUCACAAAAAACAGAUUUCUUUAAUUCUGGUUUAUGUUUUGGCAAUAGUAAAUCAGAUUCAUCAUACAAUCAUCAAUCUUUUUUUUCAACAGAUGAUUUCAACAAUCAUAUAUUAGAAAUAAUACAAGCAUCCUCUUCAAAUACAGAAAAAUUGUUUGAAAUUGAAAAGGAAUUCUCAAGUAUAAAAAAUUAUGGUUUAACUCCAAACACCCAGACAUAUAAUCUUCUACUUGAAACAAUUUGUAAAUCAAGACUUGAAAAUUAUUCGAUUUCCAAAUUAAAGAAUUAUUUUAAUCAGAUGCUUAAGGAACAAAUUGAACCAGAUUUUUUGACUUUUUUUAUUUUAAUAAAAAAUAUAUGUAAAAGAGAUCAUGAGAUUUACAAUCAAAAAAAUUUUUGGGAGUUGAGAUUGAAGAUGGACGGUGAUGAUCUUUUUGCUCUUAAGAAAAUUGAAAAUAUUAACGCCGAAGAAAAAAAUUUGGAUUUUGCACUUG